CUUUUCGUCUCCUGCGUGAAUAGUCUGGCUUUGUACUUGCCGGAAGCAAAGAGAAUUUGGUUUCCUCCCGCACCCGGAAUGAGAGACAAACAGGGGGAAUAUAAAAACGAAACGCAAUCAUAUAUAGUCCCUGGACACUGGAGAUCGAGCGUAAGCUCCUGCACAAUGGUUAGCGAUUUCGAGAACAUAACUGUUCGCCUUGGGUACAAAAAGAGGAUGACACGCGUCUGUGGAAACUAUGAAUGCGUAUCACGGGGUCCUGGCACGGCAGCGAUGACCGUAGUCGAAUAUUGUCAACAGCCAGCCGGUUUCCAGGAGUGCGAGACGAAUGGAAUAGACCAGACGCAGAACUAUCCGGAAUGCUGCUGGAAAUGCGUCGAAUAUAAAAACUGUUAGCUCUGAGGCACAGAUCCUCAUUCCUCAUUCCCAGUCACAAAUUUUAGCUAUGUGUUUGAUGGAGUGUGGGAUCUUAAUUGGC